UCACCACCUGGACUGUUUUCUUCGGAGUUGGAGUUUGUACAGAUAAUCAUAAUCGUGGUGGUGAUGAUGGUGAUGGUGGUGGUGAUCACGUGUCUGCUGAUUUUUCACUCCUUCAUCAGCCGGCACAGCCAGGGGAGGCGGAGAGAUGAGAACCUCUCAUCAGAGGGAAGCCUGUGGCCUUCGGAAAGCACCGUGUCGGGGAACGGAAUACCAGAGCAAAUCUACACCCCGAGACCCAGCGACCGCCUGGCAGUGCCGUCGUUUCUGCAGAGGGACCGCUUUAACAGAUUCCAACCCACCUACCCCUACAUGCAGCACGAGAUCGACCUGCCGCCCACCAUCUCGCUGUCGGACGGCGAGGAGCCCCCCCCGUACCAGGGACCCUGCACGCUGCAGCUGCGAGACCCCGAGCAGCAAAUGGAGCUCAACAGGGAGUGCUGUGGGAGCAAUGGGAGGAUGGAGGGACCGCCGCCGACGUACAGCGAGGUGAUAGGGCACUACCCCGGGUCAACGUUUUACCAGCACCAGCAGAACAACAACGGGAUGCCCUCCAUCUUGGAGGGCAGCAGACUCCAUCAUUCACAAAUCAAUGGCCUUGAGAGCACAACCGCGUGGAACAAAGAGAAAGAGAAACAAACUGCAGGACACUGGCCCCAGCAGUCUGGGCUCCAGGAUGAAUCGGUGAGCGAUUAUUUGGAGGUCCAAGAGGGAUUCUCGAGGCGUCACAGAGCAGUUGGGCUGAUGUUGCAGUCAGAGCGCAGCGGAAGAAACAAUUUUGUGACUUUUGGAAGCCACAAGCGAUAA